UUAUCGAUUCAUUGUUGUAACAGAGAGAAAAGAGAGAGAGAGAUCUUGUAACCGAGUAACAAACUUGUGACUUAGUGGAUUCCGGAGAGAUUCCUCCGGCGAGACGUAGGGUUCCGAUCUGGGACCUGAACUCGUAAAUUCGGCGUGUCUCUUUACUUUCUUGUAAACACACGAGUGACUUAUGGCGGAGAUCUCGGGGAACGGCCAUGGUGGCGAUGCUAGAGACGGAGCUGUGGUGGUGAAUCUCAAGGAAGAAGACGAACACCAACAACAGAAAGAAGCUAUUCAUAAUCCUAAACCCAUGAAGAAACAAGACUCUCUCCUCUCAAUCUCUGUCCCUUUCUUGCAAAAGUUGAUGGCGGAGGUUUUGGGAACGUACUUCUUGAUAUUUGCCGGUUGUGCAGCGGUGGCCGUGAACACACAACAUGACAAAGCCGUGACUCUUCCAGGGAUCGCCAUCGUUUGGGGACUUACCGUCAUGGUUCUUGUUUACUCUCUUGGUCAUAUCUCCGGUGCUCAUUUCAAUCCGGCCGUCACAAUCGCAUUCGCUUCGUGCGGUCGUUUCCCUCUUAAACAGGUUCCGGCUUAUGUGAUAUCACAAGUGAUCGGAUCGACGCUUGCCGCGGCGACUUUACGUCUCUUGUUCGGACUUGAUCAAGACGUUUGUAGUGGGAAACACGAUGUGUUCGUCGGAACAUUACCAUCUGGGUCGGAUUUGCAGUCGUUUGUGAUUGAGUUUAUCAUUACUUUCUACCUAAUGUUCGUCAUUUCUGGCGUUGCCACCGAUAAUAGAGCGAUCGGAGAACUUGCCGGACUAGCAGUAGGAUCAACGGUGCUACUUAACGUGAUAAUUGCCGGACCGGUAUCGGGAGCAUCGAUGAAUCCAGGACGAAGUUUAGGACCUGCAAUGGUUUAUAGUUGCUACAGAGGACUUUGGAUCUACAUAGUCUCUCCAAUUGUUGGUGCAGUUUCGGAACAAGAAAAAAAGGCUGUCGUUACGAUGGCAUCGAGUGAUAAGGUUCCGGUGGCGUGUCCGGCAAGCAGCGGAGAUGGAAAGGAGCCAAUGGGAGAUCCGACGAAGACCACUACGGCGAUGCUCGAUAAAGGAACGGCUAUGAUGCAAUCGAUGAAACCGAUCAGGCAAAUGAGCCUUCACGUGUGUUCAUUUGCUUGCUAUAGCCACGAUCCUGGCCGUCAGAUCGAAGUUCAUAUCUACGGCCAUCGUGUAAACCAGGACUUCCUCCAAUGUGCUGUCUACGAUUCCAAUUCCUCUAAGGCUCAUCUCAUAGGGAUCGAAUAUAUUGUGUCGGAAAAGUUAUUCGAGAGUCUCCCACCGGAGGAACAAAAGCUUUGGCACUCGCAUGAUUACGAGAUCCAAAUGGCUCUUCUAGUAACUCCAAGGGUCCCGGAGCUUGUUGCGAAGCCCGAGCUUAAAAAUCUUGCCAAAUCUUACGGAAAAUUUUGGUGUACAUGGCAGAUAGACCGAGGGGAUAGAUUGCCACUAGGUGUACCAUCACUAAUGGUGUCGCCACAAGACGUGAAUCUAGGGAGAAUCAAACCGGAGCUGGUGAAAAAGAGAGAUGAAGAACAUGGAAUCUCGACGGAAUCGUUGAAGCCGUCAAGAGAUGGGAUCUGUGGACCGGAGAAGAAGAAUCUGGUUGCUGAUUAUUGGGUUAGGUUUAGGAAAGGCUUUGCGCUUGAUGUCGUUGAGACAGAUAUGAAGAGAACAGCUCCCUUCCCCAUUGACCGAUCCAUGGAGGAGGUGAAGAAGGACGUAUACUCCGUGUGGGCAUUACCGGAUGAAGAAACAGAGCCGAGAUUCAGAAAGCUAAUGGAAGCUCUGAGAUCUGAAUUUACUGGCCCAAGAUUCGAUCCUCACGUCACCGUCGUCGGAGCCACUAAUCUGACGGCAGACGAAGCCAAGAAGAUGUUCGAAUCAGCUUGCCAUGAUCUUAAAGCUUACACCGCCACCGUCGAUCGCGUCUCCACCGGAACUUUCUUCUUUCAAUGCGUUUUCUUGCUUCUCCAAUCCACCCCUGAGGUAAUGAAAGUUGGUGAACACUGUAAGAACCAUUUCAACUGCUCUACCACCACACCUUACAUGCCGCAUUUGAGCCUGCUUUACGCUGAGUUAACAGAAGAAGAGAAGAAGAAAGCGCAGGAGAAAGCAUACACGCUCGAUAGCAGCCUCGAUGGCCUGAGUUUCCGGUUAAACCGACUCGCUCUAUGCAAAACUGAUACUGAAGACAAGACUCUAGAAUCAUGGGAGAGAGUGGCUGUUUGCAAUCUCAAUCCUUAAGAAAGCAACAUGUUUGGUUCUUGGUUCUGAGUCUGUAAUAAAGAGGUCUCAAUAAAUUUGGUUUAGAACU